AUGGUCAACAAAAACUACUCACUUCACUUGGCUCUUAUCGUGGCUUGCAUUGCUAUCAUGACUGUGGCGGUGGUUGGAAUGCGCACGAUAACAAAGACUAUACCUUCGCCAUCAUGCAAUGGGACGAUAGGGAAGUGCAUGGAAGUAAAGCAAGAGUUUGAGAUAGAUUCAGAGAGCAACAUGGAGAUAUUUGAAUCAAAGAAUAAGGUGAUAGAGAACGGUGUAAUGGGAAAGAAUGGAAUUUCAUGCUCGAAGAAAGAUAAUACCACCAAAAAUUGUAGACCGGGUCCUCCUGCCAACCAUUACAACCGUGGCUGCAAUGCCAUUAAUCGAUGCAGGGGUGGUGGUGGCUUCACCCAUGGUUAA